UUGCACGCCUUUCCUUCGCGAGAAGCUUCAGCUUUCAACAUGGCAGCCUUUAAUACGCCAUGGUUCAACUCACAAGACCGGUCCUUCUUCAAUUCUCUCAACAAGACCAAGAUUGCGCAUCUUGCGAUAUGCGCCGAAACAGAAGAUUUCGAUGAAGAAAUUCUACAGGCUUGGAUGGAUGAAGGAUUCCAUUGCGCAUAUGUGCCUUUGCUGAAAGGCGGCGAGGACUUCAUCAAGCGGCUGCAUACUGUGGGAGAUAAUUUUGGAGUUAGUGAGCAGUAUGCGAUUGUAGCAUAUGGCACCGCAGCAAAUCUCGCUCUUCAAGGUCACACAAAACCUAAUCAUCCCAAGCUGGUAGCCAUCGUGGCAUACUAUCCCAACAUAAUCCCCUCCGUUCACACCAAAUACCCAAACAGCAUCCAAGUCCUCGUCCACCUAGCAGGCACAGAAAUCUCCGUCGAAAAACACCACGAAGUCCUCGGCAUCCAAGGCAAACGCAACUUCGUUAAAAAACGCAUCGACCCCGGCAUCGGCCUCGGCGAACGCCUCAACAUCGCCUUCAAAACUUACACCUACACCGGCUGCGAACCCGGCUUCGCAGAAUCUGAUCUCGAAGAAUACGACCCCAUCGCAGCUCAACUAGCCUUCGAACGAAGCCUCAAAACAAUCCGCAAAGGCUUCCGUAUCGAACCCGAUAUCGAAGCUGUCCGCGACCAUCACACCUCUUACCUCCAAACAAACAACACCUCCAAACUCCUCUCUCAAACCCGCGAAACAGCCCACGUCAUCCACGCCCCAACCCUAACCGGCGGAAUCGGCAGCCAAGAUAUUUCUGAAUUCUAUUCCGAAUUUUUCGAUCCUAUACCCCUCCAUCAAAACCCCUCCAACGAUAAAAAAUCCACCGCACCGGCAAUAAAACUCCUCUCUCGUACAAUCGGUACCUCUCGCAUCGUUGACGAAAUUUUCUUAUCUUUCGCUCAUACUUCUCCGAUUACGUGGCUUUUACCUGGUGUUCCGCCCACGAAUCGGAAGAUUGAAAUUGUGAUCGUUUCGAUUUUUCAUGUGGUGGGGACGAAGUUGGAGUCGGAGCAUGUUUAUUGGGAUCAGGCGAGUGUUUUGGUGCAGGCGGGGUUGUUGGAUCCGAAGUUGGUGCCGGAGGGGAUGAGGAGGAGGAAGGGUGGGAAGAAGAAGGGGAAUGAUGGUGCGGAAGGGAAUGGAGAUGCGGAUGGGGGAGAGGGAAUAGAGAGGUUGCCUGUUGUGGGUGCGGAAGCGGCGAGGGCGGUGAAGAGGGGGAGUUCGAGGUAUGUUAAUGAGUUGGUGCCGGAUUGGUAGUUUUUGGUCAUUUGGAUGAUAGGUGACGUCUUUGUAGCGUACGUUCUGGGCGUAUAGCAUCUGAUAUUUCACUAGAUUAAUCUUAAUCACAACGAGUCAUCAAAGUCUCGUAACGGGACACUUCUCCAACACUUCGUCCAAUUCUGUCCAUCCUUAAAAGGCCAGAGUGAUCGGAAAGCUUCCCUUAGAUUAUCAUCUUCAAGGUCAAAACAUCCCCUCUCCAUCGUAUGCCA